GUGAAAUUCGAUUUGGCGAUUUCACAAUUUUAGGUCUCUGACAGAGGUGAUUAUGGCCUAGCGUUUAUGAACUGGCCAACUGUACGCAAUGGAAGGCAGUAGAACAAUUGUCGUUUUAAAUCCUCCAUCAGGAGUAGAUGAAGAUGAAUUCACGAUUCACUUUCAGAAGACAAAGAAUGGUGGAGGUGACGUUGAUGAGGUUAAACUGGAGAAAGAUGUUGCUUUUGUAAUCUUCGACUCUUCGGAAGAUUUUGUAAAAGUCUUAAAUCAUCCUCAAAAACAAAUAAUUAAGGGUUGUGAACUUGAUGUUCGGUCAUACAGUUCAUGGUUGGAAACUACUCAGGAAAAUAAAAACAGUGCCUCUGGCAACAGUGACGACAUUGAUUCAGUUCCUACAAAAGAUGACGAGGCUAAAGCCACGAUCUAUGUCAGCGGUCUUAAAGAGUCAACGAAUGAUGAAACGAUCGCACUAUUUUUUGAAAAUAAACGAAGAACUGGUGGAGGCGAACUUCGUGAUGGGAAAGAAGGAUUUGAGCGAUUGUCUCCAACCGUAGCUCGGUUGACUUACGUUUCCUCUAAAGACGCUGAAAACGUGUUGAAAAAGGCCAAAGAAACACCUCUUGUACACGAAGGGAGUCCGCUUCAAGUGACCGCUGACUACGUACCCACCGAGGACCGAAGUAUAUUGAUGUUGACAAAUCUCAGUCCUGAUAUCAACGUGGAGACAUUGAAGAACUUUGUUGAAUCAAGGAAGAAUGCAGUUGUAUUCAAGAUCUUUCUUGGAAAACACGGAAAAGCUGUUGUUAUCCUUGAAGAGGAAAUUAAAGAUGAAGAUGAUUAUAAAGAAAAAAACAGCUCCAAAAAUUUGACAUUAGAAGGGCGUUCAGUGUCUUUAAAAUUUGCUCCACUGACCAAGGGGAUAAGAGUGAAGAAAAUACCAAAAACCACAACUAAAGAUGGUGUCAAAUACAAAUUUUCAAAUCAUAGAUUUGGUGGAGGUGAAGUCAUCAAUAUGGAGUUUGACAAAGAUAACGGAAUUGCCAAACGUUUUUUUAAAAGUUCGUCAGUUGUUUCCAACUUGGUGAAGAAAGACCAUGACAUCAUGGAGACACGUUUAACAGUGAUCCCGUUAUAUGAAGAUUUUGAAGAAUUGGAUGAAUCUGAAAAUAAAAUAACAGAAUUUCAUGGCGACAUCCCUUGUGAAAGCGACUUCGUUGACCAUAUGAUUCAUCAUCACAAUAUGUCUCAGUUUGAUUUAAAGUCAGUGACAUACGAUGAAACCAAGUCGACUUUUCAUUUUACAAAGGAUGUUGAAGAUGCUAAGGAUGGAGAAGAUCUAAGUAAAAGGUUAAAAGUAUACAUUAAUUCUUUUGAAAAGGAAACGUUGGUAAUUCCCACAAUUGUUUUCGAUCAAGUGAAGCUGAAGGCUCUUGAAAACAAAGUUGACUCAGAAAUCGAGGUAAGAUUUGAGAAGCCAAACGUUCUUUUUGGACGCAAGAAAGAAAUCACGAUGAAAAAGAAAGACAUCGAAAAAUUGGUCGAUGAGCUCACAUCUGCCGCAAAGACGGAAUCCGUUAAAAUUACGGCAGAAGAUGAUGAAGACAAAGCCACAAUUUAUGUUAGUGGUUUUAAAGAGUCCUGCACCAACGAUUCGAUUACACUAUUUUUUGAAAACGAACGAAGAUGUGGUGGAGGUGAACUUCGUGAGGGAAAAAAAGGAUUUACGCGAUUGUCUCCAACCGUAGCUCGAUUGACUUACGUUUCCUCAAAAGACGCUGAAAACGUGUUGAAAAAGGCCAAAGAAACACCUCUUGUACACGAAGGAAGUCCGCUUCAAGUGACCGCUGACUACGUACCCACCGAGGACCGAAGUAUAUUGAUUGUCACAAAUCUCAGUCCUGAUAUCAACGUGGAGACAUUGAAGAACUUUGUUGAAUCAAAGAAGAAUACAGUUGUCUUCAAGAUUUUUCUUGGAAAACACGGAAAAGCUGUUGUUAUCCUUGAAGAGGAAAUUAAAGAUGAAGAUGAUUAUAAAGAAAAAAACAGCUCCAAAAAUUUGACAUUAGGAGGGCGUUCAGUGUCUUUGAAAUUUGCUCCACUGACCAAGGGGAUAAGAGUGAAGAAAAUACCAAAAACCACAACUAAAGAUGAUGUCAAAUACAAAUUUUUAAAUCAUAGAAUUGGUGGAGGUGAAGUGAUCAAUAUGGAUUAUGAUCAAAAUAACGGAACUGCCGAACUUUUUUUUGAAAGUUCAUCUGUUGUUUCCAACUUGGUGAAGAAAGAUCAUGUCAUUAAGGAGACAUCUUUAACUGUGCUGCCUUUAUAUGAUGACUUUGAAGAAUUGGAUGAAGAUGAAAGUAAAAUAAAAGAAUUUCAUGGCGACGUCUAUGCUGACGGUGACGUCAUCAAACAUGUAUUGUUUCAUGACGAUAUGUCUCAGUUUGAUUUAAAGUCAAUGAAAUACGAUGAAACCAAGUCGACUGUUCAUUUUACAAAGGAUGUUGAAGAUCCCAAAGAUGGAGAACAUCUUGCUUCAAGGUUGCAAAUAUUUGUCGAUUCAUUUGCUAAGGAAACUUUAACGAUUCCUACAUUUGUAUUUGAUCAAGUAAAGCAGGAUGUUCUUGAAAAUGGAGAUGAAUCUGAGAUCGAGGUUAAAUUUGAAAAGUCCGGCAUUGUUCUUAUCGGACGCAAAAUCGAUGUCAGCACAAAAAAGAAAGAUAUUCAAAAACUGGUUGAUGAACUCACAGCUGCCUCCAAGAAGGAUUCCCUUGAUAUUGAGAUAAAAGAUAAAGAGAAGUUUAAUUUUUUCAUUGCCAUUGGAUAUUUCAAAGAACUGUUGGUCGAGUUUCCAGAUGUGGAAAUUCCUGGUAUUGGAGGGAGUACCUGUAAAUUGACUGUCCUUGGGUCAGCUGAAAGUGUGAAAAACAUGAAGAUGAGAGUUCUUGAGGAUCUUGAUAAAAUACACGUUAUUAAGAUCAAAUUGAGUGAUCAUCAACUCUAUUUCUUAAAACGAACCGACUGCCAAGUAGCCAAUGAAGCAUUAAAAAAAGACAAGGUAAUGUUAAUUGUUAAAGAGAUUGACGACCGUGUUGGCGCUAAACGUUUACAGCCUCAGUUGAUGUUCUUGAACGAGCCUGGUAAUAAUGAGGAAGAACGAGUUGUUGAAAUCAUAAAAUCGAAAACGUCAGAAAAGUUAGUAAAGAUUGAUGAAGAAACUGGAAAAUUUUUGGCAGAGUCCGACCAUUUAUCGACGUUUAUAAAAGAGCAAUUGAAUAACAAGAAGGUUUUGAUAUGCACUGAACAAGCAAAUCCAGAUAACAUCUCGAUUAUUUGUGAGGAAUCUAAGAUGAAGGAUGCCGAACAAGAUUUGAGAAAUUUAAUUGCCGAAAAUGAAAUUGACAACGUCGUCUUUAAACCAGUGAUAUCCGCAAAAGUUCGUUUCCUACAAGAACAUCGUUGGGACAAAAUCAUGAACAAAAUGCAAAUAUUGAAAAACGAAGGAGUUGGUGUUGAAAAAACUGCCGAUGCAAGUUCACUUAGAGUGAAGGGAACUCCAAAAGGAAAAAAGAAAAUGAUAGAAUAUCUUGAUAAGAAGGCAGGGGGAAUUAAUUCAAAGACCUUCCCGCUUUCCAAACCGGGAAUGAAGAAACAAAUGAGUUUGGAUGCAACAAAUGCCAUCAUUAGUGGAAUUGAAAAAAAACAUAACUGUGUGAUUGAGAAAAUUAUGGCUCACGAUCUUGACGAAGCCAAAGAUGAUUUCGCUGUUGCUGAGGAUGAUCAUAAGCCGGAUGGGAAAUCAUCAAUGAAUCUUCCAUUCGAUUCUAUGUCUUACGUUAAUGAUAAAGUUGUAAAAAUGACUUCCGGUCAAAGAAUCACCAUAGCUGUUGGUGACAUUGCAAAAGAAAAGGUUGAUGUUAUUGUCAAUAGUACAAAUGAAAAAAUGGAUUUAAAUGCGAAUCCUGUUGGAAAGGCUUUACUUAAAGUUGCCGGGAAUGACUUUUUGGAGGAAUGCAAGAAAAUUGGUGAAAUUAAAGUUGGAGGUGUUGUGGUAACUGGAGGUGGAAAACUCAACUGCAAAAGUGUUUAUCAUGUUCGUUUAUCUGAGUGGCAACAGGGCAAUGGAGCCAAGGUUCUCAGGUCUAUAGUAAAGAAUUGUGUCACGAAAAGCGAAAGCCAAAACUUCCAUUCGAUCGCAUUUCCCGCCAUUGGAACUGGAAACUUGAAAUUCCCACGGUCGGAGGUUGUUAAAAUCUUUUUUGAAGAAGUCACUUCUUAUUUUAAUGUGAAUCCUCAAUCGAAAGUUAAUAAUGUUCGAUUCGUGGCGUACGGUGGAGAUAAAGAAACCGUUGAUACAUUCUUAGGUGCUGUGGAAGAGAUGAAGCCUAUUUUAUCAGCAACUAAAACAAAUAUUCCAUCACACGAUCUGGGUUUUCCUGGCCAAUCACAAUCUGAAUUUGUACAAUCCUUUACACCAAGUAGCGCAACCACAAGUGAAAACUCAGACGGUAGCCUAGAGGUAAAGUUUCCAAAACAAACACCUCGAGUUGAAAUCGUCUGCGCUGACAUCAGCCAAGAAACCACUCAAUUGAUAAUGCACGUGACUAAUGAAAACUUCUCGUUGCAGGGGUCGCCAAGGCUUUGGUCAAAGCUGGUGGCCCCGGAAACCCAGCUAUCAAGAUCUGAAGAAAUGUCUCGACAAUUUUUCGAUGAUUUGUCAGGAAAAGGCAUUACAGAUGUAUCCUUUUCUGCCAUCGGUGCCGGUGCAAUGGGUUUCUCGGAAAGGGAAUCUGUGACUUUGAUAUUCGAUAAUAUAAGCCGAAUGGCCCUUAGCAAAAAUCCAACUCUGAAUUUGGUUCGCAUCGUGAUAUUUGAGAAGGGAAAUUCGAAGAAAUUUGGUAAACCAAAGAUUAGGUUAAAGGAUCCUGAAGCGAGUGGUUUGUCAGUCAAGAUAUUUUCCGAUGACAUGAAGUAUGUUGAAAGUGCUUGGUCAGACUUUUUAAAGAGAAUGGAAGAAAAUAUCAUGGAGCAUAACAUUCGUAAUGAAACAAUCAAAAAAUUUGGCGAGAGUGAAAAGAAAAAAAUUCGUGAAGUAGAGCGUAACUUUGAUGUCACAAUUAAGGUAGACUUCACCAAAGGAGAGGCCUGUAUUAAUGGUCAUGUUUCAGAUAUCCCUGAAAUUACCGACGCAUUGGGCAAUAUGUUUAAAGAAAUUGAAGAAAAAGAAAACAGCAAAGUUCCUGACUAUUGGGAAACCCCUCCAGACCAUAAUGUAUAUCAUGCAUUCGAACUUCAACCUAAGAGUGAUGAAUAUAUGAAGGUGAAAAAGGCAUUUGACAAGACCGCAAGCAACGAAAUAGUGAAGAUUGAAAGAAUACAAAACCAGGGUAUAUAUGAGCUGUAUAAUGUAAAACGUAAGGCUAUGAAAGAAAAAUAUGGCGACGCAGACUUUGCAGAUAAAGAGAAACAACUCUUUCAUGGUACUUCGAAGGAUAAUGUUGAAAAAAUUAAUUCAGGUGGACUGAACAGAAGCUUUGCUGGAAUACAUGCCACCGCUUUUGGUAAAGGUGUUUAUUUUGCACGAGAUGCCAGCUAUUCCCUUAGGGAAACAUAUUCUCCAAAAGAUGCAAAUGGAUUACGUUAUGUGUACUACGCUAGAGUUUUGGUUGGUGACUACGCUAAGGGUAAUUCAACCAUGUUGGUUCCACCAUCAAAAAACACCGCAGAUCCAAACGAAACCUAUGAUUCUGUCGUCAACGACACCAAAAAUCCUUCAAUAUUUGUCAUGUUUAAAGAUUACCAGUAUUAUACUGAAUAUCUUAUUACUUUUAAGUAACUUAAGUCAAUUAUUUUAAGAUGCACAAAAUUUUUCUUCUUUCGAUCAUGUAUUUAUUCAAAAUGUCUCAAUGAACAAUUGCCUGUGAAGUAGGGAUCAUAAUAAAAUGUCCAACAUUAUCAAUCAGUUAUUUUUUAGUAGAAAUGAAAAAUUCAUUGCACCAAAAGCUAUUUAGUAACAGUAAUUAUUGAAUUAUCGUAUUUACGUUUAAUCAAUGCACUUAUCAUAAAGGUUGACUAAGCUGGGAUUUAGUCCCACCAA